UACGUCAAACUUCCGUAUUCGUCGGAUCUCUUCAGAAGAUCUUGCUUAGUAUAUCUCAGUUUACCUAUCUUUAAUACUAUUUCGUCGAUGCUUUUAUCAUCCUCUUAAUAUAAUUGAAUCUGAUCUCUAAUUCGAGCUCUAAAGAAGCAACAAAUUUUCUGUUUUUAGGACCGGUUCUGAAAACUGUCAAUUGUGUGAUAAUGUAAAAUUGUUUAAACAAUUAGAAGUUAUUUUUAAGAAGACUUUAUGGCAGUGGAAUUAUAGAAAAUGGCAACAUUCGAAGUGUUGAGAAAAGAUUAUAGUGAUUUAUUGCAGCAAUAUUUUACUGCAGACGUCACAUUGUUUCAAAAGAAAUGUAUUGAACGUUGCACAAACGAUGGUGACAGAAAAGCGGCGGUCGAUCAGGCACUUCGUGACACCUUGUUGGUGAUUUUGACAGAAAAUGCAUCCGGCAACGUUCGUCCUUUGGAAUUGUAUAUUACCUUUAGCAUAGAACUAUGCAGGAAAGAUCUAGCGACAGCCAGUAUGCCAGUCAUGUUAUUGGGCGACAUUUUUGAUUCGAUGACUCUGGAUAGAUGUGAACAAUUGUUCACUUUUGUCGAGAACAAUGUUACCAUAUGGAAGGAGGACCUGUUUUUCUCUGCCUGCAAGAACAAUCUGUUAAGAAUGUGCAAUGAUUUGUUGAGGAGAUUGUCACGAUCGCAGCAAACUGUAUUUUGUGGCAGAAUUUUGCUAUUUCUUGCAAAAUUUUUUCCCGUCUCUGAGAGAUCGGGUUUGAAUAUUGUCAGUGAAUUUAAUCUAGAAAAUUAUACAGAAUUUGGUUCUGAAAAAGUGGAAGGGGAUGACCUAGAGCAAAUAACUAAAGAUGAGGAUAAGUCAGAAAAUAAAAUACCGAUUGAUUAUAAUUUGUAUAGAAAAUUUUGGGCUUUGCAAGAUUUCUUCAGGAAUCCAAAUCAGUGUUAUAGUAAAGUAUAUUGGAAAGUUUUUUCAGCUCAUGCAUCUAAUGUGCUAUCAGCAUUUGCAUCUUUUAAAUUGGAGGAGCAGCGUAAUUAUCCUACGACAUGUAUAAAAAUGGAUUCUUCAAUGGAAGGCUCACACAAGGAAACCCACUACUUUGCAAAAUAUUUGACUAAUCAGAAAUUACUAGAAUUGCAGUUGUCUGACUCCAAUUUCAGACGAUACGUGUUGCUGCAAUUUCUCAUUCUUUUCCAGUAUCUGAAUAGCACUGUAAAAUUCAAGUCUGAGAUACAUGAGCUCAAACCAGAUCAGGUAGAAUGGGUGAAGACUACCACAGAACAAGUUUACACUCUAUUGUCCGAAACACCACCCGAUGGACCCACGUUUGCGGAAACCGUGAAAAACAUUUUAAAACGUGAGGAGCAUUGGAACGCAUGGAAAAAUGAUGGUUGUCCGCCUUUCAAGAGACCGGCGUCGGAUAUCAGCGACGAAGAACCACGGAAACCGAAGAGACUGAAACGAAGAAUCGGUGAUGUAAUUAGGGAUGCUCAAGCGAUUGGCAAAUAUCACAUGGGAAAUCCAGAACUUACUAAAUUGUGGAAUCUAUGUCCUAACAAUCUCGAAGCAUGCAAAUCGAAGGAUAGAGAUUUCCUCCCGUCUUUAGAAACAUAUUUUGAAGAUGCCAUAAUGGAAUUGGAUCCUGCUGCAAUGGUUGAUGACAAAUACAAAAAAGUAAAUGAUGGUAAUUUUGGUUGGAGAGCAUUAAGAUUGUUGGCAAGACGAAGCCCGCAUUUCUUUGUUCACGGCAAUUAUCCUAUAAAUAAAUUGCCUGAAUAUCUUGAGACAAUGAUAAAAAAAAUUGCUAAAGAUCGUCCACAAACACAAUCUGACACAAAAUUGGAAACCGAGGAAACUCCGCCAUCGGAAUCUAACGAUCAGGAAUUCAACGAAGAUGUUUUGAAGCAGGAAAGUGAACAAGAUUCUGAAAGCGCCGACAUAAAAGCCAGAAAAUUGAAUAAAGUUACACCAGAAAUGGUAGGCAAAUUAUCGGAGAGCCUGAAAAACGAUUGGAAAAAGUUAGCAACGAAAUUUGGUUAUACUAAUGAUGAGAUUGCUUUUUUCGAAAGCAAAACAACACCAUAUGAACAAUGCAAGACUAUGCUCGAAAUAUGGGCAGAAGAGGAUGAAGAUGCGUCGGUCGAGAAUUUAGCUUAUAUUUUAGAAGGUUUAAAAUAUACCGAAGCUUUAACGGUGCUCAGAUCUUAAAGAUCUCUAUUAAUUUAUUUUACAAUAACAGUACAAUUGUAACAAUCGUAAACAAUUUAUAAUUCAUAAGAAUAAUAUGAUAACUUUUCUAUUUGUAAUAAAAAUUGAUUCGACGUAUUA